AUGUCUGAGCCUGUCACCGAUGAAAAGCAGCAGAAGCAGCGCGAACUUCAGGCCAGUUACGAGGCUCUAAAGAGAGAAAGGAACAACGUCGGUGCCGAGUGCGAGCAAGAGAAGACACACAUCGAGGCCAAGUACGAGCACAAGAAGGAACUCAUCGAUGCCAAGCUGGAGAUCGUGAAGUUGGCAAAACACAAGAUGGAACUUGAAACACAUCUCCACGAACUUGAUGCUGAUCUCAGAGACAUCCUUUCAAACUUGGACGAGAACCUUCCCACAGCCGACCCACACCACAGAGCUGUGAUCAAGGCCAUCUUCACUAACGCUCGCUCUGAAGGUCGUUUUUUUGCCAAUCCCGCAGAUACUGAUGACCUCGACAUGGACGAUCUGAUGCAUGAGUUGGAAUAG